AAUGAGCAGAGCUCACUGUGGCAGCGUAUGGAGACGGAUGCGCUGAGAAAGAGAGAUCAAUUCGCCGUGGAACUGUUUUCAUUUAAACCUAUUUAUGCCACGACGCGAGAAAUAGCUUACACUGACUGAAAGCAUAGGAAAAUAGUGGACUGAAGAAGCACACUCCUGGUCCUUUUUGUUUUUUAUGUUUAAAAAAAGUGUCAAUCCAAGCGACCCGAUAGCUUUCACACAAGGGCGUGUGUGGGUCUCCGGGAGCAGCGGCUCGCUUUUUAACCCUUGCAUGUUGGUACUGUAUUUAUUUGAUAUUUUUGCUUCACUUGGGUCCGGAGGAUUUGCUUGAGGAUGGGGUGUACCCUGAGCACGGACGAUAAGGCGGCGGUGGAGCGUAGUAAAAUGAUCGACAGGAAUUUGCGGGACGACGGGGAGAAAGCCGCAAGAGAGGUCAAGCUACUGCUCCUCGGUGCUGGUGAGUCGGGGAAGAGCACAAUAGUCAAGCAGAUGAAGAUCAUCCACGAGGCAGGCUACUCGGAGGAGGAGUGUAAACAGUACAGGGCUGUGGUCUACAGCAACACCAUCCAGUCCAUCAUCGCCAUCAUCAGAGCCAUGGGACGACUCAAGAUCGACUUUGGAGACGCAGCCAGAGCCGAUGAUGCGAGACAGCUGUUUGUGCUGGCAGGGUCGGCAGAGGAAGGCUUCAUGACGGCAGAGCUGGCCGGGGUCAUCAAACGCCUGUGGAAGGACAGAGGGGUACAGGCCUGCUUCAGCCGCUCACGAGAGUACCAGCUCAACGACUCGGCAGCAUAUUACUUAAACGAUUUGGACAGGAUAUCCCAAGCUACCUAUAUCCCGACCCAGCAGGAUGUCCUGAGGACCAGAGUCAAAACCACAGGCAUUGUGGAGACACACUUCACCUUCAAGGACCUCCACUUUAAGAUGUUUGAUGUUGGAGGUCAGAGGUCAGAGAGGAAGAAGUGGAUCCACUGCUUCGAGGGCGUCACUGCCAUCAUCUUCUGUGUGGCGCUCAGCGACUAUGACCUGGUGCUGGCUGAGGAUGAGGAGAUGAACCGGAUGCAUGAGAGCAUGAAGCUGUUUGACUCCAUCUGUAACAACAAGUGGUUCACAGACACCUCCAUCAUCCUCUUCCUCAACAAGAAGGACCUGUUUGAGGAGAAGAUCAAGAAGAGUCCUCUAACUAUAUGUUACCCAGAAUACGCAGGCUCCAACACAUACGAGGAGGCUGCAGCCUACAUCCAGUGUCAGUUUGAGGACCUGAACAAGAGGAAGGACACCAAGGAGAUCUACACCCACUUCACCUGCGCCACCGACACCAAGAACGUGCAGUUUGUCUUCGACGCCGUCACUGACGUCAUCAUCAAGAACAACCUGAAGGACUGUGGACUCUUCUAAGACCUAGAUUUGAUCGAUGGAAGUUUUCUGGCAGCGAAAAGCCAGCAUAAUGUUCAUUUUCGGGGAGAAGAUCACAAGAAUCUGAGCGGGGAGAAUCAAUUAUGGACCAUUGCUGUACUAUAUGCCACUUUUAACUAAUGUAUUUAUGUUUUUGUCUUGGGACAUUUAGAAUUAGUGUUUAAACAUUUCUGUAGGAUGUUUGUAUCAUUUGUAAAACAAUUUUCACAAUUUUUUUUUCUUUUUUGGAAGAAGCUUGUUUUAUUUUGUUUGUUCCUUUUUUAAGCCCUCUCUGGAAAAGGAAGCUUGCCUUUUGGUGGAAAUAUUCAUUUUCUCCCUUCCCAAUUGUUAGGGGAAAAGGAUUUGAUUUGAGCUCAGUUUGUUGGUACCUUUUUCUCUGCGGUCUCUUGACACAUUUCUAGUUUUUUUGCCUGCUGAAAUCGUUCCAACAUAAAAGGUGAAAUGUUUCCUUUGUUAAUAACCCUAUCUUCUAAUGUGCACAUUCCCGGCCAAUUUAGUGGUGACCAACACAGCUCCGCCCACAGGCUGUCCCAUACUAAUGUGUACCUGUACCUGGAAAGGGAUGCGGUUUUUAACAGUACACCGUAUCCAAUGAGAACACUAGCUAGGUCAAGGAGCUUACACUAUGCUGCAGAAUUAAAGAAUGGCUAAACCGGAGUCAUAUUUUACUGUAUAUUUUAAGAUUUAUUUAAGGAGGCUUCGGGGACUUGGUCUCUGCGAUCACUGCAGAAUCAUAAUUGUAAAGCAAAGUCAAAAUGGAUGGGGAGCAAACACAUGGUUAGGGUCUGUAACCUUCAAGAAACUGCCACCGCUGUCUGUGUGUGUUCUCCAACAGAUGGGGAGCCUUGGUAGACUCAUUCCCGUAUUUUGCUAAUAAAAACCCUUUACAAACCA